AUGCAGAAUCCUCGUGGUAGUUGUCACCUGCCUCUUCUGUGUACAUUUGUCGCUGUGUUUCUCAUGACACUCUCUCUACUGAGCUGCACUGCCCUUUCUCAACCCAUCUUUCCAUCCGAAUGGUCAGCACUCGCCUAUCAAAACGACGGUGGUUCUGUCGACUCCAAUUCAGCAAAAUUAGCCUUUAUGCGGAUCAGCAAUUCGUGGAAAGUCAAAUCCGAAAGAAUUGAAGUUCAAUUUUUCAAUGAACCUCUCCAAAUUCAACUCCACAACGAGAAUACGCAAUUCGUCUUUUAUCCACACAAUAAGACUUGCAUUGUGAAUGAAUUGGGAUUUCCUCCACUUCCUCCCAAUUGGUUGGCAAAUUCAAUCUUUGAGGGAUUUGAUGUGGUGAAUGGUGUGCAUUGCAGAAAAUGGAAACGUUUGACAUCGACAUAUUGGGAAAGUGCAGAGAGUGGAGAACCCAUUCGAGUGAAUGAAUCAAAUUUCUUUGUGUGGAAUUAUGUAUUUGGAACGUUCAAGGCUGGUCCACAAGAUUCCUCAAAUUUCAUUGUUCCAUCGUAUUGCAUCAAGAAGAAAUAG